AGACAUAUUCCUGAUAAUGAUGUUUCUAGUACUGCUAUUGGUUACGAGGAUCAUGCAGACGUGGGUGGGCGUCUCGGACUAUAUUUACGCACGAAUCUUCAUGUGUUUUGGUCUCAUCUACUUCUUCUACCGGCUGUUAGAUAAAACACGACUUUGUGGCAUUUGUACGAAUGUUUCUCAUCUUUAUGAUCGCUGGGGGUGUGACUAUACAGGCUGUACUGUAUCCUCAUUGGCCACUCACGAAGGAACUCAUCAAGCGUGUCAUUACGAGACCAAUUUAUGGCAUGUUCCUUACUCAAGUCGAUGACCUCAGUGGUGAUCCAAGCUGUUCCUUUGAGUACGAGAAUACCACAGGAUAUUGCCAUGCACCAACUUACUACAGCGGCGCUAUCUACACACAUCAAUCACAGCAGAUAAAGGACUUACAAAAGUGCCCUGUGUCCACAUUUUCAGCUUAUGUCAUCACACUACAAUAUUUACUCAUCUGUAAACUUGUGCUGGUUACACUUCUAUUUGCUAUGUUUGCACUGACAAUAGGGAAAGUUGAUAAGGUGGCGAGUGAAGUGUGGAAGUUUCAGAGAUACGCUCUUAUAGCUGAUUUCAUCGAGAGAUUUAGUCUACCUCCACCAUUUACAGUAUUUAGUUUCCUCUAUCUGUUUCUGAAAGCAAUAUAUAACAAGUUGAAGACGUGUCAACGAAAGAGUACUUGUUGCUCAAAGGGAAAGUCUAAGAUGACAAACCGAGGUAAGAGUACAUUGAGACUACAGAGCAAGAUUGACGAUACAAUGUUCUGGAAGAAAGUGGCGAGGGAAUAUAUGUCAAUUGAAGAGGCUGCAUUGGAGAAAGAGGCAAUGCAAUCUAAACAAGGCGAUAUAUUGGUGAUGUUACAAGAAGAUUUACGUACCCACAGGAAGAGUAUGAAACGUUUGAACGACAGAGUUGUAGAACUGGAGAGGAUGAUGCAGUCGAGCCGUCUGUAUCUGGAAGAUAUCGCUCACAAACUGGAAAAAUCCGAUGUAAUGGGUAUUACCAAUGUUAAGGGAAGAUUUAUACACGUAGCAGCAAGACAAUCACCUUACCCAUCCACAAGUUUAACACGGUUCCCAGUGUUUGAUAAAUAUGUUCCGUGGGAGACACAGUAUGAUGUUUAUGAUCCUAAGACAUUUACACUAAGUCCGGACAAAUUCCCGGAGAAUGAGAUUAUGUAUGUCGAUGACGACAUUCUAGAAAUUUUACGAUGUAAAGAGGAGAGGCAGGCAGUUAUAGCAGCAGCAGCCGCUGCAGCAGGCGGUACCGGAAUGUGCGAGGAGUUAGAUCGACUGACACCUAUACCGGAGUUCACGGCUAAGUGGAAUACCGUGACCACAUUCAAGGAGAACGGUGAAAGACGAGAGAUUGAUCGUAGAUCGUGGAUUAACGUAGAUAACCAACCAUUACGUUAUACCAUAGAUUCUUUAGGUCUACCGCAAAAUCCUAUGGGAAGAACUGGAAUGAAAGGUAAAGGAAUCUUGUGGCGUUGGGGUCCAAAUCAUGUGAUCAAAGUGGUCGUUACGAGAUGGAGGCGUAAAUACGGGCCGGACCUAAAUACAAUGACAGACUAUCUGUAUGUUGAAGGAAAACGUGUACUUGAGUUUAUAGCUGUACAAAAAGAUAACUUUGUGGAUUCAAGCUAUUCUCUACCUGGGGAUGUUCUUCAUGGAAUGAGUAAUCCCUAUAGUAUUCUGUGUAAAUCAUUUAUGAGCCAGGUAUUUGAUGAGCAGGAUACCGGUCAACAUAAUGACCAGAGUGACAUGAUACAGUUCUUUGCCCAGUUUGCCAGUGUCGUGGCAGGAGGCUCGAGUUCGAGAUCAUCGUUCCAGGUGUCAGAUCUUACGUCAUCUUCUAUGCGGUCAGGUCCACAAAUUGGAAUGCAGCCAUUUAUUUCAGCGAGUAAAAGUAAUCUUAAGGCCGAGGCAGAUGCCCAAGGAUUUUGUGCAUCACUGUUGUACAAAGGUUACCUGGAUGAUCCAAGGAACACAGAUAAUGCCUGGGUAGAAACAGAGGUCUGGAACUUCCAUUAUGACAUUGGGGACACCUUUGACCUAAGACUUGCAGAGGGAUUGAGCGCAAAAUGGAAGGAAGUGUCACCAUAUGUGAAGAUGUUUGGAAAUGAAUCUGUGAUAGUACAGGAGGCUGCCAGAAUUCAUGAUGCUUAUCAUUAAAUAGUACACCUAUUAUAGGAACAAAACCAUUUUGCCAUCGUACAGCGAAGCCGCUUUUCAGGAUGGAAAUUUUCACCAUAGCCAAAGUGGAACAAAACCAAAAAAUUUGGAAUAUUGCAAAAAUUAACAAAACCUUAAUUUACAAAGGGAAAAUAUAGAUUAGAUAUUGAGGGACAUGUUAAUAUAUUUGAAAAUGUUCAUGCAGGUUUUGAAAAACAAAUUUUUUGGUUUUGAAUAAUUUUGUUGUUUUUCACCAAGGAGGAACAAAUAAACAAAAUUAUUUCCCAUUAGUUCUAGCCAGUAUAAUUAAAUUUAGGGAUUGCUGAUUGGAGAGAUACAUUGAUUUGUUUCAAGUAUUUAUUUGCAAUCCUUCAUUGAAAGACUUAAUGAUAUUUAUGAAGAAGAAAAAAAAGUUUUGGUUUCAAACAGCCUGAAUUUCUUACAAGGUUACAUUAGAAGUGAAUCAAAUGAAAAAAGAAAUGUAAAUAUUGCAAAUACAACGCAGUUUGAAGUAUUAACAAUAAGUUAUCGACCAUGAAGUUCAAUCAAUGCAUUUUAUUUUGUGAUUUAUAAGUUAUAGCAAAGGCUUAUAAUGUUGAUAUUAUUGCUAAGCAGGUGUGCUUUUUGGGGGGCAUAUUUUAUGUUAUAGAAUAUUUUGUUAGAGGAUUUGUAAAAGCGCCAUUUUGAAUAAAUUUUUUACUAAAUUUAUAAGGAAAGGGUAUUUCCUUCACACUUGUUGGUGUCCACUUUAUGUCUGUGUAUCCAAACUGCGCCAGUUUUCAUUCAUGUAAAAAUAUUCCAUGUUGUAGUACAUGUAUGUAAAUCUCGUUUAUUGUUUGUAUGUACAGUGAUUAUUUUGUAUAUAAGUUAUUCUUUUUGUCAUUGAUAAAAAAUAUUGGCCAACUGUGAGCCUUUUCCAAAUUGAAAUUCUAAACUUGUCAAUUUAAUCUUGAAAAUUCCUAAAAUUGUGAAGAUUUCUUUAAGACCAACUCAAUUUUCUACUUAUAGUCAAAUAUGACUUAAAAAAAAGAAAAAGAAAAAAGGAAAGAUAUGGUUGAUACUUGUAUAUCAUGACAUCAUCUGAAAGAAAAAGUUGUAUUUCAUUUUGUACAAAAUGUUCUUUUAAAAGUUUCCAAAAUUUCCUCUGAAUACUAUUUUUAAAAAAUCUUUAUUUAAACAGUAUAGAAGCUGUGAAUAAAAAUCAUUGACAGUAGUAGAAUUUCUUUUAGGUUUUACUUAACUUGUUAUAUAGUAUAAUACUAAAACUUGUUUUUAUGUGUAUAAUGUUAUACAGCAGAUUUAUUUGCAUAUUCUUUACAUUGUUUGUUAUAUAGUAAAAUCUGGGACUUAAUAUAAAGGGACAAGCAACUACUAACUAGAAAAAAAAAAUCUGGAUAAAGUGUGUGUGAAUCCUCAGGAGCAUUAAUAGCAACAACAAAAAAUGAAACUUGGAGAUUUGGUUUCAUUGAGUCUGUACAUCUUACAUGCUUGUUGAUGCCCUAUUAAUAGCCGAUCAAUCUGUAAUGGGGUAAUGUUUAAAUCAUUAUAUUUAUGCCAUUAUUUAAAAAAAAAGAAAAAUGAAAUAAAAAAGAUCAAUAAAAUUUUCAUAAAAUCACGUAAACACCAUUUGGAUAUGUAAGGACUGUUAAAAUCUUCUGGAGUCUUUGUAUCUCUUAGCUCCAGCAGGUGAUGUGGUUUUGUCCCGUGGUUUUGCUUUGAAUAUUGUAAGACCCAAGGUAACCCCUCUUCCGCCACCAUAUAGCCUAAACUGUGUCAGUGCACCGUAAAACUGAACAAACAAACAGUUGACUUCUAUUUCUCUUAUUUACACGAUUACCGCGAACAAACAAAAAUAUACCUGUUGCAACGAUUAAUAUAAGACAAUUGAUUUGACGAAAAUAUUACAUGACUCUAAUCUCUAGUUUUAUGCCCCUUUAUAUUAUGUCCCUGGUAAAUGUCGUAAAAUCUGUUAUAUCUCAAAGCGUUAAAGAUAUUAGAAAAAAGUUAAUUGUAAUAGUUUUGUCUAAAAUCAGAUAUUACUUUUAAGCAAAUUAAUAAUGUUUUAAUGAAAGGUUUUAUGAAAAGAAAUUAACAAGAGGAAAAAGUUUUUUAAGUAAGUGUUUUUAUUUUAUGAUGUUAUGUCUUUGUUAUUAUGUUGACUAUCUCAGUAUUCAAUUGAGUCAGAAUUGAAUCAAAGUUUAAUCUUAAUUUUAUAAAUAUGUAUUGAAAAUAAAAGUAAGAAUUUUAUUGAUUAAAAUAAGUUGCAGAUUUUUUUAGAACACUAAAAUGUCUCAAAGUUAUAUUUUAUGUUUAAGUUAGGUUACAAAUAUAUGUUGAUACUCUAUGAGAUCUAACUUUUUUAUUUCAUAAAUUUACGAUUUUUUAUUUUAUUUUUACUCAUUUAUAAAUACAGUUUAAGUAUUUUAUACGUUCUAGAAUGUCACAUUAUGUUGUUUUUUUUUUCAAUUUCUAAUUGCACAUUUUAAGCAAAGCUAAUCAACUGGAUUUUAAAAGUUUUUCUUUUGUAAUUCAUUUAAGUUUACUACAGAAAUACCAUUUAAUUUUAGUAAAAAACAAUCUUAUUAAGAAAGAAACUAUUGUUUAUUUUUUUAAAUAGUUGAAAAGAUUUAUUUCUAUAAUAUUUGCACAAUUGUGAAAUUAAAUAUGAAAUGUUGAUAGAAGAAUUUAGAAAAAAUUAUCCAAGGUUGUUGACUAUUCUCUGUGAUAAUGUAAGUACUUUAUCCAUAAAUCUCAUAUAUUUUUCUACAUGGAAAUGUUUCGACAGUCGGAAGUAUUUGAAUAUGAAUAUUUUAUGAUAAACUCUGCCACUUACAGGCAUAUAUCCUAGUUUGUAAGAAUAUUUGUGAUUGAGCAAAAUACUAUUCUUGGAAUGGUUUCAUUUUAUAAAGUUUAAAUUCUCUAAAAUGUGAAUGACUGUUAAAAAAAAAAAAAUAGUAGUAGUGCGAAUGUAAUUUCUAUGUCCCUCGUAUUUUUAGAUUUAACUUGGGACAUAUUGUUUGUUUUUUAGACAGGCUGUUUGUUUAUUGUCUGUCUGUCAUCUGUCUGUGGAAAAUUGUAAAUCUUGCUGUACAGUUUUCAUUCUAUAAACAAAAGUUUUUAUAUUUGAACUUAACUAUUGUCAAGAGCUUCAUUUUGAUAGAUUUAUAAUUAUGUGACCUUGAUCUCUGAGUGACCUUGUCCUUGAAGGUCAAUCUUUCAAAUUUGGAAAAUUUAGCUAUAUUGUUUUGUUUAUUAUCAAAUUAAGUUAAAUUGUUUUUGUUUAUUAUCAAAAUGAGGAUGGGUUGCAUUCAUGUUGUUAAAAACAAAUCUUGUAUUAUUCCUUAUUAAAAGAGACAAUGUUUAUUUGUUUACAAAGGAGAGAAAACAUGCAUCUUUAGUACUUGAUUAAAUGUAAAGGUCCCAAGAAAUAGACUUUUGCUGGAAUUAAGAAUACUUUAGGUUUUUCCAGCUAAUUCCAAGGUACAAACAAACUUUUAUAGCUACAACUUCAAAAAUAAGCACAAAUGACUGGCUUAUCUAUUGUGAACGGAAGUGCUCUGUGAAGUUACAAUGGUAAAAGUUUAUUUGUACUGUGAGUUUGGAAAAACCCACAUUUGCCGAGUUCUAGGUAACAUCUAUUGGAUGCAAUUAAAAUGUUUAUAGUAUCUCAUAUGAAUAUUUAAAUAUUGACAUAAAAUAAGAUAAAUUCUUUCUUAUAUUGGUGUAAAAACUUUGUUUGGCUUGACCUCAUGAAAUAAAACAAAUAAUUUACAUGCAUACAAAUGUUGAAAUCUGUGUUUAUAUUCAAAACUAUGUGUUGUUAUUUGAGGUAAUCAGGGUAUUUAUUGAAUGAUUCCAUUAUCUUUUAUCUCAGUUCUAUAGUAAGUUGCUUACCUGUUUUAUACUUACAGCUAUUGUUGUUUAGUGUGUUUGUCUCGGCAAAUUUCAACUUUAAAGGGACUCCACUGAGGUUUUUUGACAUGACAGGACUAGAAAUAUUUUUCCGAGAUUUUUGUACCAAGUGAUGUAGCUCAAGACCAGUUAUUUAUGUGCACAUUUUAAAGUCAUUGCCUCUCUCCAUUUUUUUUCGAGAAUGAUCAUUUUUAGCUUUUAGCUCAAAACUGCCAAAGAAUUGUACAAAAAAGUCAAUUUCCUGUUUAAUUCUGAGUACAUUUCUUUGUUAUCCAUUACCGAUUUUUCCAUUUUAAGUGCUUUAUUUGAUAUUUGUUAGAUUUUGCAGUUUUAAUAUUUGUUAGAUUUUGCAGUUUUAUGUUUUUAGGCCUUUGGACCUUAGUGGAGUUCCUUUAACUUUCCUUGAUUUGCUAUUAUCUUGUACAUUAUUCCACAUGUAUUAGCCAAUACAAUUAACAGUAGAUCCUUUUCGCAAUUAACGUAAUUAUCUUUCAAGUAAAAGUCACAUGGUUCCAAAAUAUUCAAAAUGAGGCAGAGCAUGAUAGUGUGGCAUGCAUCAGUAUUACACAUUUAACAUCAUCACAUGCCCAAUUUAUUCUCCUAGUGAACAGCUAUACAUGUUUGUUAUAUAAUCAUUGUCAUCUCAGAAAAUAUUGUUAUACAUGUACAUUAUAUACAUGAAUCUUAAGUGUGCUAGUGAAACUGCUAUAUAAAAAAUAAAAUAAAUGUCCUACUGUCAAGUAAUGUAGAUUAGACAAUGCAAAAUGAUUAGAAUAGAGCUUUGCAAUUUUUUUUCCUUUCUCUACCCUUAGUGUUUUGAAUAUUUUUGUUUUCGUAUUGUAUAUACUUGUAGAAUAGCUUGAAUAAAAAAAAUUGAAAUUGUCAUUUUAGUAUAAAUGGUGAUAAACACCUCACAAUUUGUAAUUGCUGCUUAGUUGUCCAGGAAAGCAAGUAAGGUUGAUUCACCACCAUGGUAUGACUAAAUUAUGUAUUAAAUUUGGCAUACAAAACCAAACCAACAAGAAACAAAACCUUCAUAAGUUAAAGAUGGGAGGUUUUUGCUAAUGCUUAGUUAUCUAAGGUUUACAUCCAUGUUUAGUGUUUUCUGUAGAUGCAUACAUGUAGAUUAAAUAAGAAUAAAGGCAAUUUUUUUUACUGAAAUGAACAUUUUAAAUUUUAAGACAAUCAUUUUUUUUUCAAACAGUAUCAAACUGAUAUAUCUUAAAAAUAGCAAUAAAUAGCCAAUAGAUUUAUACCAAAUUAAAUAGCAUGUUCAAUGUACAUCAUCAACAUGACUGUGAGGUUAAAGUUUUAAUAAUGGUAGUGUUUUUAUAUACUCUUCUGAAUCUCUGAACUUAAGAUAAUCAUUAUAAACUGCCAACGAAUAUUGUAAAUAGUUUUUAUGUGUUAGGAUAUAAUAAGCUUAUUUAGCAUUCAUCUUAACAUCGUAAAAGUUCAUCACUUUAUAGGUAGUUGAGUCAUUCAAAAUAAUGUUCAUUUUAAAGUAGAAAAUAAUAAGCAUUUUUUAAAUGCAAAAAGACUUGUUUAAAUGUGUAUGUUUUUAAAAUGAGAUAAAAAGGUGCUUAUUUGAAAUAGAUGUUUUACAAAACAGCCUAAAAUGGCUUGUUUUAAUCUGAAUAUAUUAUCAGAUCAUGUUUUGUCUAUUUAGCUGUUUUGACUUUUAUUAUAUGCAUUCUUUUAUAUCCUGUUCUGUAUUUUUUCUAUAUUGCUUGCUGUCCUAAAAUGCUAUCACAACAUGUUUUAUCUUCUGAUUUAUUCGUAUUAAAAUGGUUCUAUCGCAACAUGUUUUAUCAUCUGAUUUAUUCACAUUAAAAAUGGUUCUAUUACAACAUGUUUUAUCUACUGAUUUAUUCGUAUUAAAAUGGUUCUAUAGCAAAAUGUUUUAUCUUCUGAUUUAUUCAUAUUAAAAAUGGUUCUAUCGCAACAUGUUUUAUCUUCUGAUUUAUUUGUAUUAAAAAUGGUUCUAUCGCAACAUGUUUUAUCUUCUGAUUUAUUUGUAUUAAAAAUGGUUCUAUCACAACAUGUUUUAUCUUCUGAUUUAUUUGUAUUAAAAAUGGUUCUAUCACAACAUGUUUUAUCUUCUGAUUUAUUUGUAUUAAAAAUGGUUCUAUCACAACAUGUUUUAUCUUUCUGACAAUGCUGUAACAUCAUAUUUUAUCUUUUGACUUAUUCUUAUUAAACUCAUUAUCAUAUCCUGUUUUAUUGGCUGAUUUAUUUUUAUUAAGCUCACUAUCACAUCAUGUUUUAUCCACUGAUUUUAUUUUGAUUAUUUAAAUCAUCAUCAGAUCUUGUUUUAGUGACUGAUUUAUUCUUAUUUAAUUCAUUACCACAUCCUGUUUUAUCUUUGGAUUUAUGCUUAUUAAUUCAUUAUUGCAUCCUGUUUUAUCAGCUGAUUCAGAUUAAAUGGAUUAUAACACCAUAAUAUUAUAUCACUUUUUUGCUCAUCAUGUUUUAUCACUAGAUUUCCCGUCAUAUUUUAUCACUUUUAAUAUCCCAUCAUACUUCAUGUAUAUCACUUAAUUGCAUUUUGUAUGUAUCUUAUCACAUCAUGUUUUGUAUUUGAACAAUUUUUACUUAUUCCACAGUCAUGUUUCAUUACAUGGUUUAACGACGAGAUAGAACAGCAUUUUCAUUUAAAUAAUAACACAGUAUUUGGAGCACACUGCAUGCUUUUAAAAACGCUUCUUACAUUACAAUAUUGUACUUUGAAAUCAAAUGUUCUAUUGUUGUUGAAUUAUAUAAUUAUAUUUGGAUAUUACUUAGAUGGACUCCAUGCCAGAUUGUUUUUAUGAUGAUCCUUUAAAAUUUCCCCCUUGUUAACCACUGGUCACAAUCAAAACCUUAACACUUACCCACUUACCAUGCAAGUGUAAUGGAUUUGCCCUGCUGCUUUUAAUGUGGAACAGUCCAUAUGGAAAUAAAGGGAUUUCAGUAUGUAAAUAUGAAAACUUAGCCAGCAUUGGUUUAGAGUUUGGUCAGACUGCAUGGAUGUGCAGGCUCGCCUGGUUCUAUACUGUUGGCAAAGGCUUAGCACUUUGAGAAAUAUUUCUGAAUGUCGUUUUAUUAUCUGUUGUGUACAUUCCUGGAGUUUGUCUUUUAUGUUGAAAAAUUGUUUUCUUUAUGUAAACAUAUUACUUAUGUAUAUACAUGUGUAAUCAUAGAUAGAUGCUUUGUUAAUAGGUCAUUUUGAAUGGUAUGUUUGUUUUGUUUUUUUCAAUCUUAAAGGGACACCACUGAGGUUUUUUUUUUUUUACUUGAAGGCACUAGAAUUAUUUUUUCAACACUUGUGUACCAUUUGAUGUAGGUCUGGGCGCCAAGUUUCAGAUUAUGCUCUUAAUCCGUUUCCAGAUCAGAAUCAUUUGUUUUGUGCAAAAUCACCCCAAAAAGAAUGCUUCUCACUCAAAGGGGCUAAGAAUAUUCCUAAAGUUUAAUUUUCAGUAUAUUUAUUAUGGUUUGUAAACUUUACAAUUGUUAGUGCCACACUUGAACUAAGUAAGAAUUUCAAAUUAUAUAUGUGUGAUUUGACCUCAGUGGAGUUCUUUAAAGUGUUUGCUAUUCAUUGGUCAUUGCAGGUAUUUUGUUUUGCAAAUAUAAUUUUAAACGGGUAUUAAUAUUAUAACAAUAAGUUAAAAUAUUUUUUGUGUUUUUGUUGUUAAUGUGUUAAACAUUAUAUUUACUGUAAGUUGCAUAGUUCAAGCAGUUUCAAGUGACCCUUUUUUCAUCAAUCAUAACUAAUAAUACAUGAACAAACUGCUGCUCAUUCUGUACUUCUUUUAAAAAUUUCAUUAAGAAAUAAUAAAUGGUUUAGGCCAAAUUUAAAUUUACUUUUAUAUGUAGAACAUGGUAAGGAUUAAAAAUAAGCGUUCAUAAAUACUCUUCAUGCCUCAAAUUGAGGGAACAAAUUAUUAUCAUGAUUUAAGAUAACUACUUUUUUCAUGAUUUAUGAUGACUACAUCUAUCAUGAUUUAUGAUUGCUUCAUCUAUCAUGAUUUAUGAUAACUACAUUUAUCAUUAUGAUUUAUGAUAACUACAUUUAUGAUGAUUUAUGAUACAUGUUAUGAUUGUUAUUACAUUUUAUGGUACUCGCAUAACAAGUAUGACUUGCAUUGACUAUACUUGCAUAUUAUCAAAAUUUAUGAUGCUUGCAUAUCAAAAUUUAUGAUGCUUGCAUAAUUAUUAUGCUUGAAUAUUUCAUGAGUUAUGAUCUUUGAAUAUUUCACGAAUUAUCAUACUUAAAUAUUUCAUUAAUCAUCAGUUUUGAAUAUUUCACCAUUUUUGAUAUUUCAUGAAUUAUGCUGUUGAAUAUUUCAUGAUUUAUUGUAAAUGUACUUGAAUUUGUUCAUGAUUUAUUGUACUUAGAAUAUUUCAUGAAUAAAAUUAUUAUGAUUCUUGAAUAUUUUAGAUGUAUUAAACUUGAAUAUGUUCAUAAUUUAUUGCAUAUUGUAUCCCGUUUCUUGAAUUUGCCAUAUCACUGAGUCAUAAUAUGUUUAGCUUGUUUUUAACUUCCACUAGGUUUCAAGCAACACAAUAAUAACACUACCUCUGCGUUAGAAAGACUUAAUUUGAUUUCUUAUCAUUAUUCAUGUUAAUUAUAUGCAUACAGUGCAUGUGCCUAAAAAUAUUUGAUUUAAAACAAAAACAUUUCUGUUAUGUAACAUGUAACUGUAAUUCACUGGCUGUUAAAAUUGUCAUACAGAACAAUGCCAGUAAAAUAAAUCUAUUGUAAAUGUAAA